AUGAAGCAAGCAGUUUUGCGAGAGCAACUGGUACAAUUUGGACUCUUCGACUAUCUUCUCAACAAGCUGGAUUCUGAACCGGGCUCUACGUCUGCCAGCUACAGGAGUAGGGCUGCGACGAUAGUCUAUGUCGACUUCUGCUUCGACGUCCUCGAUCAGUCCCCACCAAUCCAGGCACUUUACCUUGAUGUGCUUUCGGAAUUUCUUCGGCUGAGUAGCGAUGGGCUACUGAGGAAUGCCGUCGACGAGUUCUGUACGGUCCUGGGCAACAAGGACAAGGAGGAGCUGCACUGGAACUUGGCUUUCCUCGCCAAGGUCAACCACACGCUACUAUUCGGCUUGGGUGCUCGAGGACCAAUCAUGCGAGAGAGUUUGAAGUCUUUAUAUGAGAUGGGUAAACAAGUCUUCCCAUUGAGUCUGUUUACGCCACUGAAUGCUGCAAAAGAGCCCAGGCGGAGGAAGAGGAAACAGGAGAGUGGGUCGGGUCGGAAACGGAAGAAUCAGCGAACGGCAUAG